AUGUCUACAGAAGAAUAUGCGAACCUUCGGCAGCAAAUACUGAGUCUGGAGUUUGAACGAGAUGAAUUAGUGCAAAAGAUCGAUGAGCUGAAAAAGCGCAAAGUUGAACUAAGCGGCGAGAAUCAAUUUAAUUUGCAAGAAUAUCUUCAAACAUGCCAACUACUGCAAGAUCAUUCCAAUCUCCCGUCAGUCGAUAUGGAAAAACGACUCCAACUUAUUAAAAUGUUCUACCCGCAUAUGGUUAUAUCAGAUGUACAACAAGAGGCUGGGAUAUUAUCGUUCACUUUAAAAUUUAAAUACUAUUUGGAGUUCAAGGUAGUUGUUGAGUUUUCACAAGAGAGAGUCGUUAAUCUCGACAUUGCAAAAUCGAAGCACACAAUUGUGAGCGAAAUGGCAGAGAUAAAUAAGCUAAUCAGACUAUCUUGUGCCAAAAAAGAUUUAUCGCUUUUCAUCUAUGCAACUAAUUCAUAUAUUAAUUUAGCAAAGCGCAGAUUAAAGCUCUGGACACAGCUAUUUGAUAGUCUUGUCGCGGAAUACAAUGUGAACGAUAUUUCUCCAGCUUUGCAAAACGACAGACUGGCUGUGUUUGCUCGAUUUAAAAAUUGCCAGAUAGUGACUAUUUCUAAAGGCGGCAAGCAGUUCACGGUCCAUUGGAAGCUUGCGUUUGACAGUGACGAUGCCGAAUUCGUGGGCGAAUUCCAAUCCAAAUUGGAAUGCAUGUUUACUGAUGGUGAGACUAGCGUCGACCUUGACGAUACAUUUAAUGUCUUGGUGAAGGUGGACGGCAUAGCAGGGGCUAUAAGUCAUCUUCUCAAAAACCUCUUGGACUAA